UUUACCUGCUUAUGGCAGGUUGGAAGAUAAGGUUGCCAUGCAGCAGUGUGAAGUUUAUGAAAAUAGAAUUUCGGGGAAUGUGGACCAACUUUGUGAGGAUCACAUAGAACCUGCAGUAGAUGAUUCUCAGCAGUCUGGAUGUGAUGUAGAGAAGUCAGGAAAGCCAGAACCUUUAUUCCAGAAAGUGGCUCAUUCUGAGCACUUGCCCUUAAUUCAAUCAAUUCAUUGUUCACUAGAAGAACCACAUACACUUCGAUCUCGCUCUGAUUCACCACCAAAACAAAACCCCAAAAAUUCCUUACUGAUUGGACUGUCAACUGGUAUGUUUGAUGCCAACAACCCAAAG